GGCACGGAGCGGCGUGGGACGGCACGGCUCGGCUCGGCUCGGCUCGGUACGGAACGGAGCGGCUCAGCACGGCUCGGCACGGAACGGCUCGGCUCGGCUUAGCGUGGCUUGGCGUGGGAUGGCUCAGCUUGGCACAGCUCGGCUCGGCAUGGAAUGGCUCAGCACGGCUCGGUGUGGAAUGGCUCAGCUUGGCACAGCAUAGCUCGGUAUGGAAUGGCUCAGCUCGGCUCGGCAUGGAACGGCUCAGCUUGGCACAGCAUGGAAUGGCUCAGCUUGGUAAGGCUCAGUAUGGAAUGGCUUGGCUUGGCACAGCUCAGUAUGGAAUGGCUCACUUUGGCACAGCAUGGAAUGGCUCAGCUUGGCACAGCAUAGCUCAGUAUGGAAUGGCUCAGGUCGGCUCAGCAUGGAAUGGUUCUGCUUGGCACAGCAUGGAAUGGCACAGCUUGGCACAGCAUAGCUCAGUAUGGAAUGGCUCAGGUCGGCUCAGCAUGGAACGGCUCAGUUUGGCACAGCAUGGAAUGGCUCAGCUCAGUUCGGCAUGGAACGGCUCAGCUUGGCACAGCAUGGAAUGGCACAGUUUGGCGCAGCAUAGCUCAGUAUGGAAUGGCUCAGGUCGGCACAGCAUGGAAUGGCUCAGCUUGGCACAGCAUAGCUCGGUAUGGAAUGGUUCAGCUCGUUUCGGCAUGGAAUGGCUCGGCUUGGCACAGCUCGGUAUGGAAUGGCUCAGCUUGGCUCAGCAUAGCUCAGUAUGGAGUGGCUCAGCUUGGCUCAGCACGGAAUGGCUCAGCUUGGCACAGCAUAGCUCGGCAUGGAAUGGCUCAGCAUGGCUUGGUAUGGAAUGGCUCAGCUUGGCACAGCUCAGCAUGGAAUGGCACAGCUCAGUUCAGCAUGGAAUGGUUUGGCUCUGCACAGCUCAGUAUGGAAUGGCUCAGCUUGGCACAGCGUGGAAUGGCACAGCUUGGCACAGCAUGGAAUGGCACAGCUUGGCACAGCAUGGAAUGGCUCAGCUUGGCACAGCAUGGAAUGGCUCAGCUUGGCACAGCAUAGCUCACUAUGGACUGGCUCAGUUCGGCUCAGCAUGGAACGGCUCAGCUUGGCACAGCAUGGGAUGGCUCAGCUUGGCACAGCAUAGCUCAGUAUGGAAUGGCUCAGGUCGGCUCAGCAUGGAAUGGCUUGGCUUGGCACAGGUCGGCAUGGAAUGGCUCAGCACAGCUCGGCAUGGAAUGGCUCAGCUUGGUACGGCUCAGUAUGGGAUGGCUCAGCUCGGUUCGGCAUGGAAUGGCUCGGCUUGGCACAGCUCAGUAUGGAAUGGCUCAGCUUGGCACAGCAUGGAAUGGCACAGCUUGGCACAGCAUAGCUCGGUAUGGAACAACACAGCUUGGCAUGGAAUGGCACAGCACAGCUUGGCAUGGAAUGGCUCAGCUUGGCACGGCUUAGCAUGGAAUGGCUCAGCUAGGUUCGAUAUGGAAUGGCUCAGCUUGGUAAGGCUCAGUAUGGAACGGCACAGCUUGGCUGAGCUUGGCAUGGAAUGGUUCAGCUCGGCUCAGCAUGGAAUGGCUCAGCUUGGCACAGCUCAGCAUGGAAUGGCUCAGUACGGCUCGGUAUGAAAUGGCUCAGCUUGGCACAGCUCGGCACAGCUUGGCACAGCUCAGCACGGAAUGGCACAGCUUGGCACAGCACGGCUCAGCACAGCUCAGUACGGAAUGGCUCAGCUCAAUAUGGCACAGCUCAACUCGGCUCAGCACCGCUUGGCACGGCUCGGAAUGGAAUGGCACAGCUCAGCUCAGCACAGAGUGGCUCAGUUUGGCUCAGCUCAGCAUGGCUCAGCAUGGCUCAGUUUGGCACAGUUUGGCUCAGCUCAGCAUGGCUCAGCAUGGCUCAGUUUGGCAUAGUUUGGCUCAGCUCAGCAUGGCUCAGCUCAGUUCAGUACAGCUGAGCAUGGAACAGCACAGCGUGGCACAGCACGGCUCGGCUCAGCUCGGUAUGGAGCAGCUCAGUUUGGCCCAGCAUGGCUCAGAAUGGAAUGGCACAGCACAGCUCAGCUUGGCAUGGCUCAGUACAGAACAGCUCAGUGUGGGACGGCCGAGCUUGGCUCAGCAUGGCUCAGAAUGGAAUGGCACAGCUUGGCUCAGGAUGGCACAGCUCAGCUCAGCACAGCUCAGCACAGCACAUGUUGGCCUGGUUCAGCCCGGUCCAGCCCGGUCCAGCCCGGUUCAGCCUGGUCCAGCCCGGUCCAGCCCGGUCCAGCCUGGUUCAGCCUGGUUCAGCCCGGUCCAGCCCGGUCCAGCCCGGUCCAGCCUGGUCCAGCCUGGUUCAGCCCGGUUCAGCCUGGUCCAGCCCGGUCCAGCCCGGUUCAGCCUGGUCCAGCCCGGUUCAGCCCGGUUCAGACUAGUCCAGCCCGGUCCAGCCCGGUCCAGCCCGGUCCAGCUUGCUCCAGCCCGGUUCAGCCCGGUCCAGCCCGGUUCAGCCCGGUCCAGCCCGGUCCAGCCCGGUUCAGCCUGGUUCAGCCCGGUCCAGCCCGGUCCAGCUUGGUUCAGCCCGGUCCAGCCCGGUCCAGCCCGGUCCAGCCUGGUUCAGCCUGGUUCAGCCCGGUUCAGCCCAGUUCAGCCCGGUUCAGCCCAGUCCAGCCCGGUUCAGCCCGGUCCAGCCCAGUCCAGCCCAGUCCAGCCCGGUCCAGCCCAGUCCAGCCCGGUUCAGCCCGGUCCAGCCCGGUUCAGCCUGGUCCAGCCCGGUUCAGCCUGGUCCAGCCUGGUCCAGCCCGGUCCAGCCCGGUUCAGCCCGGUCCAGCCCAGUCCAGCCCGGUUCAGCCCGGUUCAGCACGGCACGUUUUGACACGGGGGUUAACACAGCCCAGCUCAGUGUGGCGUGCCACGCUUCGACGCGGUUUUAGGGUGUGACCCUUUAGGAUAUAGGGUGGGACCUGUGGGGGCCUGAGGUGCGUCCCAUGGGGAACCACUGCGCUGUAGGAUGGAACUGAGGGGACCCACUGGGACAAGAGGUGCGACCCAUUUGGAUGUAGGGUGUGACCCAUGGAGACCUAUAGAGUAUGACCCAUUGAGUUGUAGGAUUGUGCCCCAUGAGGACCCACUGGGCUGUGGGAUAUGGCCCAUGGGGAGCCAUAGAGUGUGACCCAUUGGGCUGUAGGAUGCGACCCAUGGGGACCCAAUGGGCUGUGGGAUAUGGCCCAUGGAGACCCAUAGGGUGUGACUCCUUGGGC